UUCGCGUCCAACGUUUGAAAUUUGAACGGUGACACUCAGCAGCUGCCUUCACCUGCAACAAACGUUGAGGCGGCGGUUCCUCUAUCGCUCCGUUUUUAUCUCGCUCACCUGGACUUAGGAAUGCCUUCAUCUUCAAGUAAGGAUGCAUCGGAGGAGGAGCUUCAUCAAAAGCGAGCAGAAUUUGAAGCCAAAGUUGCCGCAAUCAGUGAAGAAGACGACCCACUCGCAGUCUAUUAUGAUUUUGUGCAAUGGGCUGUCAAACACACAUCCUCCAGUGAAUCAAAGAGCGGGUUAGCGGGGAUUAUCGAAACGGCUACGAAAUCAUUUCGCGAUGACCCGCUUUACAAAUCGGAUCUUAGAUAUCUCAAGUUGUGGACUCUUCGCGCUCGUCAGGUGGACAUGUCGACUGCGUUGGGUUUUUAUUCGCAGUUGUUGAAGAAUGGGAUAGGGAUAUCAUAUUCACUCUUAUAUGAGGAAUAUGCCAAACUUUUGGAAGCCAAGGGCCGGAUAAAAGACGCUGAUACCAUAUUCCGCAAGGGCCUGAAGCGUCAAGCUCGACCCACUGAACGUCUCAAGAAACACUACUCGGUGUUUCAGAAGAAACACAGUAUUUCAUCCGAGUUACCAACAUCUUCCAGCAAUCAGAUUGAGGCCACCAAAUCCAGACGCACACCGUCCACAUCGUCUUCUCCGAAUGUUCUCGGGACACCGGCGUCUCGUUAUGCCUUGAUGCUUGCACCAUCGGAGCCUGGAAAGCGGCCAGAACAGUUGGAAUUUCAUCUUCCUUUACUCUAUACCGAGGAGCAUGGCGAAUUUUGCAUCGAAGAAGCCCGGGCUCGCUCGAUGGGGCUUCUCGGAAAGCAAUGGCCCCCUUUACCCACAGGUUCGGGAAAGGCAAAUCGGUCAUCACGAUUGACAGUCGUGUUCAAAGACGAUAGAAACACUCGUUCUCUAAAGAGGAAGAGUAUGGUGGGUGGAGCUGAACCGACCGUAACUAUCAAUACGAAAGAGGCUUUGGCAGACGUCUUUGGGAUGUAUAACUCUCCUGAACGGACUGUCAAAACCAUGGUCGGUAGCAAGCACGCACCUGUCACUAGAAUAGACGCUAUCGCUCCCUUUCCUUCACAACCCAAAACAGUCUCUCCAUUAUCCUCAGAGAAUGCGUCGCAGAACAGCAAAUCAGCGUUCCGGCCGUUUAUGGACGAAAACUCAGGUGCAAAGAAGAAAGAGAAUAAAUCGUCGCCAUUCGUGCCUUUCGUAGACCCUGAAUCCAAUAAGCCGCCGGCCAGGUCAGCUUUCGCGGCGAAAGACCCAUCGAAGACCUCUCUCCUAACAACGACCGACGAGCCUAAGCCAUUCACAUUCAAACCAUUCCAGCCGAAGAAGCCUCUAUUUCGAGACGGAUUCACAGAAGACCAUGGGAAACCCAGCUCUAAACCGACCCAUGAACGAGCGAGGUCUCUUCAAGAAUCAACGUCUGGAGACCCUGUCCGUCCCAGUAGUUUCUUGACACCAUUUGUUGACGAAGAUAACAAAACACCGUUUAAGGUUUUCAGUCGUCCCAGCGAGGGCGAAAACGCUUUCACGCCCAAGACACCGGCAUCUCUGAUCCCCCCAGCAGGGCGCGCGUUUAUACCAUUUUCAGAUAUAAAACCGACAUUUACACCGCAUAAAGACGGUUUAUCUGAGCCAAAGCGUACACCAUUUAGCGUUCUUUCACAGUCUGAAGUGACGGUGGAGAAGGAAGAGAUACGUGACUAUGACCAAGAUGUGGAUCAUGCGCCGGAACAGGAGGACGAGGAGACAGCAGAGCAUGUACUGGCUGAGGAGGAGGGGGAGGAGGAGGAGGGAGGGGAGGAGGAAGAACGGGAAGGAGGAGAAGGGGAGGAGGAGGAAAGGGAGGAGGAAGUUCAUGACCAAUAUGAAGUUGAAACUCACGAAGGGGUACAAUACCAAGAGGACCUCGCGCCCGAUGGUCAAUAUGACUACGACGAAGGCGUAUCGUACAGGGAUAUACCCUUGGGAGGGCGUUUCGGACAAUUCAAUGUCAUGACGCCUAUCACUGAACGUACGGUCGAGUACACUAGUACACGAUCGUUCUUCAGUACUCCAAGUGACAAGCUGAACCGAAUAUCAGAAGAUCCCGACACUAUCCCUGAAGACGAAGCUGAAAGAGUGCUGCUGGAUGAUGGAGCCGACGUAACGGAGGAUAGAUUUGCCAACGACCGUCGGCUUCAGCCUUUUAGACUUUUUGAAAUACAAAAGGAUGACGCCAGUGUGACGGUGAUAGAGCAGCAGACGAGCAAACUGAGUCUUGCAGACAGUCUCACUCUGUCAUCUCGAUUCCGGCCGGAUAAUCCUUGCAAUCCCUUCGACCCACCCAUCUUACGUGUGUUGCUCUCUCGAUUCCAACCUGACCCCCACUACUGCAAUCUUACUGCACAGGAGUCCAAGCGAUACGAAGAAUUGCAGAAAUUCGCAAAGAAACAUAGGAAAACCAGCGGGAACAGCGUGUCUCUUGACGUUGGCGGAAUUUACUCGCUGAUGCUCGAUGGCCACAAAUUCAAUGUCACCGAAAAACUUGGUGAAGGUGGAUUCGGGACCGUGUUCGCAGCUCGUGAUUUAGGUGUACCAAGACCAGACGAUGACGGGGACUCUGAUGAAGAUGAGGAUGAACAAUCCUUGGUCGCUCUCAAAGUAGUAAAACCUCGGAACCUUUGGGAGUACAACGUUCUCCGGCGGCUUCACACAGCACUUCCUCCUUCCCAACGGCGCUCGCUGGUCACCCCGUACGCGCUUUAUGCAUACAAGGAUGAAAGCUAUCUCGUCAUGGAUCUCUGUCCACAAGGAACUCUCCUCGACAUUGUGAACCGAGCAGAGAGCGCUGGCGUAUCCCAACAGGGUGCAUGCCUCGAUGAACUGCUAGUGAUGUUUUUCACGAUUGAGCUUCUCAGAAUUCUUGAAAGCAUGCACAGCGCGGGAUUCAUUCAUGGUGAUCUUAAAAUCGACAACUGUCUGUUGCGAUUAGAGGACAUACCUGGUGGUAAUUCUGCUUGGUCCAGCGUGUAUCAACCAUCUGGCGAAGGAGGUUGGAACGCGAAAGGUCUGAAGUUGAUCGAUUUUGGGAGAACGAUUGAUACCAGGCUAUUCCCUGCCAACCAGCAAUUCAUCGGGGAGUGGGAGGUUGACGAGCGAGAUUGUCCGGAACUCCGAGAGGGGAGGCCUUGGACUUUCCAAACUGAUUAUUUUGGACUUGCGGGAAUUAUCUAUUGCAUGUUUUUUGGAAAGUAUAUCCAAGGGGCAUCGUUAACGCAACUAAACGGUAAAACCAAGAUUGCCACGCCGUUCAAGCGAUAUUGGCAAACCGAUCUAUGGACGAGGCUCUUUGAGCUAUUAUUAAACCCUACCCAAGCAAAGCCUGAUGGACGUCUGCCUGUUUCUGAGGAAAUCGGGGCCCUGCAAAAGGAGAUGGAGGUGUGGUUGCAGAACAACUGUAAUCGUGCGGGUGGCACGCUGAAAGGUUUACUCAAGAAGGUCGAAAUGUCCUGCCUUCGAUAGCGACCGCUGCACUCAUUACAUUCCUUCCU